CAUCACUUUCGCAGCAUACAUAAACUGCCUUUCCUAUCCCGCUAUGUCUCCCUUUCAAAUCCAAGCCGAAUUCGAGUUCCAGUUCCCCCCUUUACUACUCCUACCACUUUCUACCACCUCACGAUUGCUAGCGGACCUUUUGCGUCAUCGCAAUGGCUGAACCUAUUCCCGCCGAGGAAGUGUCGAACUACGAAACCUUCCGCGAAUGUCUUUCCGAGCCGGUGUUGAGGGCCUUGUCGGCGCCGGCUGAGCAGCCGAAGAAGAAGAGAGCGCAUCGGAAGAAGGGUGGGAAGAGCAAUGGCGAGGGGAACGAGGCUGAGGCAGACGCAAAGGUGGGGAAUGAAGAUGGAGACUUAGAGAAGGAUACUGACAGCAACGACGCUGAAGACUUGGGUGAAUUCAUCGAUUACCUCACCUCCCAAAUCUUCUCCUCCCUUCCCACCCCCUUCCGCACCCUAACCCACUCCAAAUACAAAGACAGCCCCACUCUCCAAGCCCUCUACACUGUCCCCCUCUCUAUCUCCACCACCACAUCUCUCCUCUCCUCUCUCGUCCCCCCCGCCCUCGACAGCCUCUCAUCUUACGGCCUCCUCCCGUCUCCCUCUGACGCCCUCGACCACCGUAACUUCUUCGUCCCGAUAUACGAAUCCUACAUAUCCGCCGUCACGGCUCCGCCACCCAUCUGGUCGACCACGAGAACGACGGCGUGCGAGCUGUGUCAUCGCGAGUGGAUUCCGUUGACGUAUCAUCAUCUGAUUCCGCGGUCGACUCAUGCGAGGGUGUUGAAGAGGGGGUGGCAUACUGAAGAUCGGUUGGGGAGUGUGGCCUGGCUGUGUAGGGCUUGCCAUUCUUUUGUGCAUAGGGUUGCAGGGAAUGAGGAGCUGGCGAAGCAGUGGUAUACGGUGGAGUUGUUGGAGGGGAGGGAAGAUGUUAAGACGUGGGUG